AUGUUACUUUUGUAUUUUAUUUUACAUUCUAUUUUAUAUUCUGUUUCUUUCUUUCUCUUUUUCUUUUAUUUAAACUUCAAUUUUAUACUCAUUGUCUUUCUUUCUUUCAUUUUACUUUCAAUUCGAUAUCCUUUUUCUUUCGUUCGUUCCUUGAUUCUUUUAUUCAACGUCCACUUUUAUAUGAAACUUUCUUUUAUUUAUUUAUGUGUUUGUUUUUCUUAUCUUUUAUUUUACAUUCACUUCAUCUUUCUUUUAAUUUAUCUCCAGUUUUAUAUUCACCUUUUUCUUUCCCUCUUUCAUUUUACCUUCAGUUUUAUACUCACUUUCUUUCUUUCUUUCUUUCUUUCUUUCUUUUAUGUAUUAUAUUCAUAUUCAAAAAACUGUAACAACCCGUAUUAUAUUAUUCAUUCAUUCUUUCAGUAUUAUAUUCUUAUUCAUUCUUUCUUUUAUUCUUUUCUUUCAGAGUCAUUCUUUCUUUCUUUUCUGUUCUUUAGAAUAGAUCAGCCGUAUUAUAUUCACCACCAGUAUUAUAUUCAUAUUCAUUCUUUCUUUUCUUUCCUUUAUCUUCAGACAUUCAUUUUUCUUUAUUUUAUCUUCAGUAUUAUAUUCUUAUUCAUUCUUUUCUUUUCUUUCUUUUUAUCUUCAGUAUUAUAUUCAUAUUCAUUCUUUCUUUCUUUUUUCUCUUCAGUUUUACUCAUAUUUCUUUUAUCUUCAGUAUUAUAUUCAUAUUCAUUCUUUCUUUCUUUCUUUUCUUUUUUUAUCUCAGUAUUAUAUUCUUAUUCAUUCUUUUCUUUCUUUCCUUUAUCUUCAGUUUAUAUUCAUAUUAUUCCUUCUUAUUCUUUAUCUUCAGCAUUAUAUCUUAUAUUCCGUAUUAUAUUCUAUUCAUUCUUUUCUUUCUUUCUUUUUUUAUCUUCAGUAUUAUAUUCAUAUUCAUUCUUUCUUUCUUUCUUUCUUUUAUCUUCAGUAUUAUAUUCUUAUUCAUUCAUUCUUUCUUUCUUUUUCUUUAUCUUCAUAUUAUAUUUAUCAUUCUUUAUCUUCAUUUAUUUAUAUUCAUAUUCAUUCUUUCUUUCCUUUAUCUUCAGUAUUAUAUUCUUAUUCAUUCAUUCUUUCUUUCUUUUAUCUUCAGUAUUAUAUUCAUAUUCAUUCUUUCUUUCUUUCUUUCUUUCUUUUAUCUUCAGUAUUAUAUUCUUAUUCAUUCAUUCUUUCUUUCUUUUUUAUCUUCAGUAUUAUAUUCAUAUUCAUUCUUUCUUUCUUUCUUUCUUUUCUUUUUAUCUUCAUAAUAUUCAUUUUAUUUUUUCAUUCUUUUUUAUCUUCAGUAUUAUAUUCAUUUCACUUUUCUUCAGUUUUAUAUUCUUAUUCAUUCCUUCUUUCUUUCUUUUUUUUAUCUUCAGUAAUAUAUUCAUAUUCAUUCUUUCUUUUUCUUUUCUUUCUUUAUCUUCAGUCUUCUUUAGAUAUUAUAUUCAUAUUCAUUCUUUCUUCUUUCUUUCUCCUUUAUCUUUUAUUAUAUCUAUAUUCAUUCUUACUUUCCUUUCUUUCCUUUAUUCUUAUUCAUUUUCUUUCUUUCUUUUUUAUCUUCAGUAUUAUAUUAUAUUCUUACUUUUCUUUUUCAUUCAUUCAUAUUCUUUGUUUUUUUUUUCUUUCUUUAUUUUAUCUUAUAUUCAUUCAACAUUCUUUUCUUUUUUAUCUUCAGUAUUAUAUUCAUAUUCAUUCCUUUUUUCUUUCUUUUUUUUUAUCUUCAGUAUUAUAUUCAUAUUCAUUCUUUCUUUUUUCUUUCUUUAUUUAUCUUCAUUAUUCUUUCUUUCUUUCUUUCAGUAUUAUAUUCUUAUUCUUUCUUCAUUUUUCUUUCUUUCUUUUAUCUUCAGUAUUUAUAUAUUCAUUUUUUCUUUCUUUCCUUUUCUUUCUUUCAUUCUUUCUUUCUUUUAUCUUCAGUAUUAUAUUCUUAUUCAUUCAUUCUUUCUUUCUUUUUUAUCUUCAGUAUUAUAUUCAUAUUCAUUCUUCUUUCUUUCUUUCCUUUAUCUUCAGUAUUAUAUUCAUAUUCAUUCUUUCUUUCUUUCCUUUAUCUUCAGUAUUAUAUUCAUAUUCAUUCUUUCUUUCUUUCUUUCUUUUAUCUUCAGUAUUAUAUUCUUAUUCAUUCUUUCUUUCUUUCUUUUUUAUAUUCAGUAUUAUAUUCAUAUUCAUUCUUUCUUUCUUUCUUUCUUUUAUCUUCAAUUUAUUAUAUUCAUUCUUAUUCAUUUUUUUUAUUUUCAUAUUUCUUUCUUUCUUUCUUUUUAUAUUCAUAUUUCAUAUUUUUUUCUUUUUUCUUUCUUUAUCUUCCUUUUUUUCCUUAUUAUAUUAUAUUCAUUUUUCUUUCUUUCUUUUAUCUUCAGUAUUAUAUUCAUAUUCAUUCUUUUUAUUUUUCUUUCUUUUUUCUUCAGUACUUUUAUAUUCAGUAUUUAUUCAUUCUUAGUUUUCUUCCCUUUAUCUUUUAUGUAUUUAUUAUUAUUAUUCAUAUUCAUUAUUAUUAUUCUUUUCUUUUUUCCUUUAUCUUCAGUAUUAUAUUAUUAUUCAUUCUUUUUUUCUUUUUUUUAUCUUCAGUAUUAUAUUCAUAUUAUUCUUUCUUUCUUUAUCUUCAGUAUUAUUUCUUUCAUUUCUUUCUUUCUUUAUCUUUAUUAUAUUCAUUUAUUCUUUCUUUCUUUCCUUUAUCUUAUUAUUAUUCAUUCAGUAUUAUUUCAUAUUCAUUUUUCUUUUCUUUCUUUAUCCUUUAUCAUAUUCAUUCUUUCUUUCUUUCUUUUUAUUAUAUUCAUUUUUCUUUUCUUUUUUUUUCAGUAUUAUAUUCAUAUUUUCUUUUUUUUUUCCUUUAUCUUCAGUAUUAUAUUCAUAUUCAUUCUUUCUUUUCUUUUUUCUUUUUUAUCUUCAGUAUUAUAUUCAUAUUCAUUUUUCUUUUAUUCUUUCUUUUCUUCAGUAUUAUUUCAUUUUUUUUUUCCUUUAUCUUCAGUAUUAUAUUCAUAUAUUCAUUCAUUCUUUCUUUCUUUCUUUUCUUUAUUUUCUUUCUUUCUUUCUUUCUUUCUUUUUUAUCUUCAGUAUUAUAUUCAUAUUCAUUCUUUCUUUCUUUCUUUCUUUCUUUCUUUUAUCUUCAGUAUUAUAUUCAUAUUCAUUCUUUCUUUCUUUCUUUCUUUUAUCUUCAGUAUUAUAUUCAUAUUCAUUCUUUCUUUCUUUCUUUUUUAUCUUCAGUAUUAUAUUCAUAUUCAUUCUUUCUUUCUUUCUUUCCUUUAUCUUCAGUAUUAUAUUCAUAUUCAUUCUUCUUUCUUUCUUUCCUUUAUCUUCAGUAUUAUAUUCAUAUUCAUUCUUUCUUUCUUUCUUUCCUUUAUCUUCAGUAUUAUAUUCAUAUUCAUUCUUUCUUUCUUUCUUUCUUUUAUCUUCAGUAUUAUUCUUGUUUAUUCAGUAUUAUAUUAUUCAUUCUUUCUUUAUUUCCUUUAUCUUCAGUAUUAUAUUCUUUAUUCUUAUUUUCUUUAUUUUUCUUUUUAUCUUCAGUAUUAUAUUCUUAUUCAUUCAUUUUUAUUUCUUUUUUUCUUUCUUUCUUUCUUUUCUUUUUCAUUAUAUUCAUUUUUUCUUUCUUUCUUUUCUUUUCCUUUUCAGUAUUAUAUUCAUAUUCAUUCUUUCUUUUUUUUUCUUUCCUUUAUCUUUUUAUAUUCAUAUUCAUUCUUUCUUUCUUUCUUUCCUUUAUCUUCAGUAUUAUAUUCAUUCUUUCUUUCUUUUUUCUUUCUUUUAUCUUUCAUAUUCUUUCUUUCUUUUUUUCCUUUAUCUUCAGUAUUAUUUCUAUUCAUUCUUUUUUCUUUUUUUCUUUAUCUUCAGUAUUAUAUUCUUAUUCAUUCUUUCUUUCUUUCUUUUUUUAUUUUAUAUUAUACUCAUAUUCAUUCAUUCUUUUCUUUUCAUUCUUUCUUUUUUAUCUUCAGUAUUAUAUUCAUAUUCAUUUCUUUUUUUUAUUUCUUUAUAUUCAUAUUCAUUCUUUCUUUCUUUCUUUCUUUUUCUUUCUUCAGUAUUAUAUUCUUAUUCAUUCUUUCUUUCUUUUUUCUUUUUUUCUUAGUAUUAUAUUCAUAUUCAUUCUUUCUUUCUUUUUUUUCUUUAUUUUCUUUUAUCUUCAGUAUUAUAUUCUUUUUUUUUUUUUUAUUAUUCUAUAUUUUCUUUCUUUUCUUUCUUUCUUUUAUCUUCAGUAUUAUAUUCUUAUUCAUUCUUUCUUUCUUUUUUCUUUCAUUCUUAUUAUAUUUAUUCAUUCUUUUCUUUUUUUCUUUUCUUUUAUCUUUCAGUAUUAUAUUCAUUCGUCUUUCUUUCUUUCUUUUUAUCUUCAGUAUUAUAUUCAUAUUCAUUCUUUCUUUCUUUUUUCAGUAUUCUUUCUUUUUUUCCUUUAUCUUUUUUUCAUCUUUUUCUUAUUUUUUCAUUCUUAUUCUUUUCUUUCUUUCUUUUCUUUUUCUUCAGUAUUAUAUUCUUUUCAUUCAUUUCUUUUUUCAGUAUUAUAUUCAUAUUCAUUCUUUCUUUCUUUCUUUCUUUUUUUAUCUUGAUAUUAUAUUCAUUUAUUAUUAUUCUUUUUUAUUCAGUAUUAUAUUCAUAUUCAUUCUUUUUUUCUCUUUUUUCUUCAUUCUUUUCUUUCUUUUCUUUUUCUUUUUCAGUAUUAUAUUUCUUAUUCAUUCUUUUUUUUUUAUCUUCAGUAUUAUAUACUUAUUCAUAUUUUUUUCUUUUUUAUCUUCAUUAUAUUCAUAUUCAUUCAGUAUUAUAUUCAUUUUUUUUCUUUCUUUCUUUCUUUUAUCUUCAGUAUUAUAUUCAUAUUCAUUCUUUUUGUCUUUCUUCUUUUUUUAUUUUUUCUAUCCGAUAUUUUUCAUAUUUUCUUCUUUUAUUUUUUUCCUUUAUCUUCAGUAUUAUAUUCAUAUUCAUUCUUUUUUCUCUUUCCUUUUCAUUCUUUCUUCUUUCUUUUAUCUGUUGUUCUUUGUUCAUUAUUGCAUUAUAUCCAUUCAUUUUAACAGAUUCAUUCGAUUUUAUGUAUUUUCCUUUUUUGUUUUCCUUUAA